AUGUCUUCUAGUGCUCAUGCAGCCGAGAAGCCAGGAAGCCAGAGUGUGCUGGCGCCUGUGUGUAAUAUUGGGCUUGCCAGUCCUAACAAAGAUCUGGCUACCUCUGCUUUACUGAAGGGAGAACACUCUCAAAUGCAGUCAGUGGAUGACGCUACUGAGGAGAACCUGAAGACAAGUGAGGGUGUAGUAGAGGGCAGGGAACCCUCACCUUCCCAGGUGACAGCUAGUCCUGCUGCUGUAUUAAGCUUGGCCUCCAGUGCCAAAAAUGUUGUAGCCAGUAGAGGGGUUCAGGCUACAGAUGUGACCGAAGUGGCUGUCCAAAGUGGGUUGGAUAUGACCAAAUCAAUGUUUGCCACCAAUACUGAAACAUUCUUUAACGACAGAUUUGACCAGAUGAUCCUGAAAAGCACAGAUAAUGUGUUGAAGCAAUCUGAAGAAAGGAAUGAUAAUCACCUGCCCAUGACAGAUGAUGAGCUGGCUGAGAUUGCUACAACCCUAGAGGGACUGGAAAUACCAACACUCCAACAGCAAAGAGAAACGCAGCAAUACUUUGUGCAUCUGGGAUCCCUACCCCCCAACCUCCACCAGCAGGCUGUUCAGUACUCCCUGGUUAAAUUGGGGGAGAUCAAGCAGAGUGCCCUUGAGAUUCACCUGCAGCUUUCUCAGAUCAUCAGCAUGAUUAACAAUGUUAAACAGACUGGUGCUCCAUUUGGUGAGAAUCAAGAGAAACUUCACCAAAUAUGGAACCGAAUGGUACCUGGAAAUAUUGAGCAAGAUGCUGGGCAGAUUGAGUCUCGUUUCUUCAUCCUGUUUAUGAAGGUCCUCCAGCAGCUUUUGGACGUCAUCUUUCUGCUCUUGUCUAACAUACAAGGCUUUAAUGAUGGCAUUGAGAGAAAGAUAAAACAGAUGCUCCACCGUGUUGAAGACCUUGAAGCCACUCUUGUUGGGGUGCAUUCCUUUCAGGACCUUUCUUGCAUCUUCAUAACCAUGGUUGAUGAGGAGAACAAUAAGAUCCUACCAUUCCUACAGCAAAUAUAUGACUAUCUGGCCAAGGACAGACCCCUCACCUGGAUCGUGGGACCCUUUGUCCCAUCCAGCCAAUGUUCCCAAAAGGCUGAGGAAGCAUCGCAGAAGAUUAAGGAAGAAUAG